UAAUCCAUUCCUCCCCUCGCUCUCCCCGGUGGGGGGGUGGGGGGGCCCGGUGCGGAGCGGGGGGAGCCCCGUUAAACCCCCCCCGAGCCCCCCCGAGCCCCCUCGCGCUGCUGCGGGGCGCCUCAGCGGAGCGGCGCGGCGAUCAGGCAGCGCGGCGAACCCCUAAGCGGCGGGGUCCUGGCGGCGUCGCCCGUGCGGGGGCGCCUGGGAGACCCCGCGCCGGGCGCCGCGGAGGCCUCACGUUGACAUGGAUGAUGAAGACGGCCGGUGCCUGUUAGACGUCAUCUGCGACCCGCAGGCCCUGAACGAUUUCCUCCAUGGAUCCGAGAAGAUCGACAGCGACGAUCUCCUGGACAACUCCGGGGACGCCGCCAGCGCCUUCUUCGAGGGGGCCGGGCUCCACGGGCAGGAGACGCCGGGGAACCCCCUGAGCGCCGAGCCCAGCCAACCGGCGGCCAGCGUGGACCUGGACUUCCUGGAGGAUGACAUCCUGGGCUCGCCGGCCGGCGCGGGCGCGGGCGCCGAGCAGCCGUGCGACAUCCUCCAGCAGAGCCUGCAGGAGGCCAACAUCACCGAGCAGACGCUGGAGGCCGAGGCCGAGCUGGACCUGGGCUCCUUCCAGCUGCCGGCGCUGCAGCCGGUGGUGCAGGCGGCCGACGGCGCGCCGCAGAUCUUCUCGGGCGGCGCCGCCGACCUGCUGGGGCUGCAGCCGCCGGCCGUGCUGGCGCCGCAGGCGCUGGUGCAGCCGCCCGACGUGGUCAACAAGGCCAUCAGCGUGCAGCCCUUCCUGCAGCAGGUGGGGCUGGGCAACGUCACCAUCCAGCCGCUGCCCAACCUGCCCGGCCUGCCCAACGGCAGCCCCGGCGGCGCGCUGGGGCUGGGCCCCAUCCAGGUGGUGGGCCAGCAGGUGAUGGCCAUCAACCAGCCGGCCGCGCCGCAGCUGCUGGCCAAGCCGGCGCCGGUGGCGGCCGUGGGCGGCUACAUCGCGCAGCCGGAGGCGGCGGCGGCGCCGGGGGCGGGCUUGGUGAUCCAGAAGAGCCUCCCGGCCGUGGCCACCACCACGCUGAACGGCAGCUCGGUGUUCGGCGGCGUGUCGGCGGCGUCGGCGCAGCCGCUCACCGUCACCUCGGGGCUGGGCGGCUCCUUGGUGCCGGCGCCCAACGUCAUCAUCCACCGCACGCCCACGCCCAUCCAGCCCAAGCCGGCCGGCGUGCUGCAGCAGAAGCUCUACCAGAUCACGCCAAAACCCUUCGCCGGCGCCGGCGGCGCCGCCGCGCUGGCGCUGCCCGGCGAGGCGCCGGCCAAGGCGCAGCAGAACCUGACCUUCAUGGCCGGCAAAGCCGCGCCCAACGUGGUGCUGCAGGGCUUCCCCCCCGGCGUCUUCAAGCCGCCGCCGCCGCAGCCGCCGGCGCUGGGCAAGUCCAUGAGCGUGCACGUGCUCAACCAGGGCGGCUCCAUCGUCAUCCCGGCGCAGCCCUUCCAGGGCCAGAACCAGUUCCUGCUGCCGGGCCAGCUGGCCGGCGCCUCGGCCGUGCCGCUGCCGCAGCCGCUCUCGGCGCUGCCGGCCAACGUGGGCGGCCAGCUGCUGCCGGGCGCCGGCCAGGCGCACAUCAUCGCCGGCCAGGGCGCCGGCGCGCAGCUGCUGGCCAACCCGGCGCUGCCGGCGCAGCUGCUCAACCAGAGCCUGGCGGGCCAGCUCAACCUGGGCCCGGUGCUGGCGUCGCCGGGCGCGGCGGGCACGGCGCACAUCCUGUCGGCGGCGCCCAUCCAGCUGCAGCCGGGCCAGCCGGCGCCGGCGCUCUUCCAGAUGCCGGUGUCGCUGGCGGGGACGCUGCCCAGCCCCGGCGCGGCGGCGGCGGCGGCGGCGGCGCCCACGGUGAUCCAGGGCGUGACGCUGGCCAGCCCCGUGGCCAUGCUCAACGCCGGCGAGGGCCUGGGCGCCGCCGUCGGGAUCCAGGCGGCCGCCGGCAGCCCCGGCGCAGCCGAGCCCGGCUCGGGCGGUGCCGCGCAGCCGCCGGCGCAGCCCAGCCCCGGCCUGGCCGGGAGCCCCGAGAAAAUCCUGCUGGGAACGGCGGCGGCGGCGCCGGUGCUGGGCCAGGAGGCCGUGCCCAUGUUCCUGCAGCAGGUGCCCCAGGGGCUGCUGCUGCAGCCGAAGCCGCCCCCGUCCAGCCCGGCGCCGUUCCCGGCUCCGGCCGCUCCCGUCCUGGUGCCGGCGGCUCCGGGAACGCCCGGCCCGGCCCUGGGGGGCACCAACGCCUCAGGUGCCGCCGUCGCCGUCCCGGCCGAGUCGAAGCCGUUCUCCGGCUCCGCCGCCCCCGGAGCCAAUCCCGGUGCCACCCCCGGUGCCACCCCCGGUGUCACCUCCAGUGCCACCCCCGGUGCCACCCCCGGUGCCACCCCCGGGGCCGUUCCCGGCGGGAAGGCGGCGCCGGCUCCGGGGAAACCGGGAGCGCCCAUCCCCCCCACGCAGCCCGCCCAGGCGAAGCCGCCCGGGCUCAAGGGCCCCCCCCCAACCCUCGGGGGGCGGGAAAGGCCCCCAGGCCCCGCCCACGGUGAGUCCCAAAAUCCCCCGAAUUCACCCCAAAAUCUGGGACUGGAGGCGAAGCUGGCGCUGAAGGCGGCGCCGGCGCUGCAGCCCAGUAAGGAGGCCUGCCUCCUGGAGCAGCUGCACAAGCACCAGGGCGCCGUGCUGCACCCGGAGCUGCGCAGCCCCUUCCGCUCGCUGGGCGACGCGCUGCGGCGCCUGCUGCCCUACCACGUCUACCAGGGCGUGCUGCCCGGGGAAACGGAGUGCCAGCGCGUGGACGAGGAGUUCGAGGCGGUGUCGGAGCAGCUGCUGCGCCGCACGCGGGCCAUGCUCAACAAGUACCGGCUGCUGCUGCUCGAGGAGUCGCGGCGCGCCAGCCCCUCGGCAGAGAUGGUGAUGAUCGACCGCAUCUUCAUCCAGGAGGAGAAAACGGCGCUGGCGCUCGACCGGCAGCUGGCGCGGGACAGGCCCGACGAAUACGUCUCCUCCUCCUCCUCCUCCUCCUCCUCCUCCCGCUCCCACCCCCUCCCCCCUUCCUCCUCCUCCUCCUCCUCCUCCCUCCCCCUCCCCCAACCCUCCCCCGCCCCUCCCCCGCCCGCCCCUCCCCCCCGCGCCCCCCAAGCUGCUGAUCAAGCACGGGGGGGCUCCCCGAGCGUCACGUGGCUGGGGGAGCCGCGGGACCCCCCCCGGGACGCGCCCCGGGAGCCGGCGUGGCGCGGCGGCGCCGGCACCGGCACCGGCACCGGUGGCGUGGGCGAGGAGGAGGCGCUGCCGGCGCGGAGCCGCCCGCCCGCCAUGAAGACGUACGAGGCGCGGAGCCGCAUCGGCCUCAAGCUCAAGAUCAAGCAGGAGGCCGGGCUCAGCAAGGUGGUGCACAACACGGCGCUGGACCCGCCCGGCAUCCCCCCGCCGCCGCCGGGCACCGGGGUCCCACCGGGCACCGGGAGCCAGCCGGGCAGCGGGGUGCAGCCGGGCAGCGGGGUGCAGCCGGGGAUCCGGCAGCUCAACGGGUCCCUGGAGAAGAAAACGCCGGGAGCGGCUCACGGCAGGGCGGGGGCGGCGCCCUGCCGGCUGCCGCUGAGGAAAACGUACCGGGAGAUCAACCGGGAGCACCGGGAGAUCAACCGGGAGAUCAAUCGAGAACACCGAGAGAUCAACCGGGAGCAUCGAGAAAUCCGGGGAGCACCGGGAGAUCAACCGGGAGCACCGGGAGAUCAAUCGAGAGCACCGGGAGGUGAACCGGGAGAGCCGGGAGAUGAACUGGGAGCACCGGGAAGCGCUCCGGGACAGCCGGGAGCCCGCCGAGCCGCGGGAGGCGCCGCGCUCGGAGCGCCGGCCGGUGAUCACGGCGCUGCGCCGGGAGCCGGCGCCCGCCGGCCGCGCCCGGCCCGGGAAGGGCCCCCCGGAGAGCCGUCGGACGGGGAGGAGGAGGAGGAGGAGGACGAGGAGGAGGAUGAGGACGAGGAGGAGGAGGAGGAGGAGGAAGGCUGCGGGACGUGGGGCGGGAAGCGGCGGCGCGCCGAGGCCGAGGUGGACAAGGCGUCGUUCAGCAGCGACAGCCCCCAGGACGAUUCGCUGAGCGAGCACCUGCAGAGCGCCAUCGACAGCAUCCUCAACCUGCAGCAGCCCCGCGGCGCGCCCGCACCGGCACCGGCACCGGGCAGCGCCGGCGCGGCCUUCCCGGCGCCCCCCCCGGCGCGGCCCCGAGCCCCUCGUGCCCCCCCCCAGCCACAACGGCGGCCUCGGUGCCGCGCGGGACGUGCACCAGAUGACGGCGGGGGGGCGGCGGGCACCGGCAUCGGGAUCGGACACCGGGAACGGGAUCGGACACCGGGAUCUGACCGGGAUCUGACCGGGAUCGGGACACCGGGAACGGGAUCUGACCGGGACACCGGGAACGGGAUCGGACACCAGGACACCGGGAUCGGACCGGGAUCGGGACACCGGGAACGGGAUCGGACACCGGGAUCUGACCGGGAUCUGACCGGGAUCGGGAUACCGGGAACGGGAUCGGACACCGGGAUACCAGGAUCUGACCGGGAUCUGACCAGGAUCAGCAUACCGGGAACGGGACACCAGGAACGGGAUCUGACCGGGACACCGGGAACGGGAUCGGACACCGGGACACCGGGAUCUGACCGGGAUCGGGGACACCGGGAACGGGAUCUGACUGGGACACCGGGAUCUGACCGGGAUCAGCAUACCGGGAACGGGACACCGGGAUCUGACCGGGAACGGGACCACCGGGAAUGGGAUACCGGGAACGAGAGAUACCAGGAUCUGACCAGGAUCGGGAUCUGACCAGGACACCGGGAUCGGGAUCUGACCGGGAUCGGGAUACCGGGAACGGGACACCGGGAUCUGACCGGGAUCGGGAUCUGACCAGAACACCGGGAUCUGACC